AUGGCAGAAUCAAAGCCUCGCUGUAAAAACUUGGUUUUAGAUGCCGGUCCACUGCUUUCGCUUUCACCACUGAGGGGUCUGGCAGAGAUCUACCUCACUGUACCUCAAGUUCUGGAUGAGCUCAAGGAUAAACGCGCCCGGGAACACUUUGAACGAUUGGGUCUAUCUGCAGGUGUCCAAGUGGAUGUACGCAACCCUGAUGCUGCAUCCCUUUCUCAUGUGGUACAAUUUGCGAAGAAGACCGGAGAUUAUGCUGUCUUAUCUCAUGCAGAUAUCUGCGUCUUGGCGUUGACCCACUCGCUUCAUGUACGCGAGCAGGCAUCAUCUGAGAAGGACCCCAAAGAGGCAAGUUCUCCAGCUUCCCAUUCGGAUCCAUCGGAGGAUAUCCAUAGUGAGGAUGACAAAGGUGAAGAGAGGGAGCCGCUAGAUAUCGAAAUUCUCCGAGAAGGCGGCGAAGAUAUAGCGGAAGACAUGCACCAUCCCUCAGGUGAUGAGGCUCGACCAUCCGAUCAACCGCUAUAUGAGGACCCCUCCGAUGAGGAUGAUGGCGAGGGCGAAUGGGUUACACCUCAAAACGUCGCAUUACACAAAUCCCAAGCGCUGCAGCUAUUGCCUUCUAGCAGUGAUGCUAAUAAGAAAGGACGGGGACGAAAGCAGGAGGACGAAUUCGUACCAGCAGGUUGCAUGACUGGAGAUUUUGCAGUUCAGAACGUCUUGCUGCAGAUGGGUCUGACAUUGGUUGGGACUGAAGGCAAGCGGAUACAGAAAGUGAAGAGCUGGGUUCUUCGGUGUCACGCUUGCUUUAAGAUCUGCAAAGACAACUCAAAACAGUUUUGCCCGUCUUGCGGUAACCCCACACUAAUGCGAGCGUCGGUCACUGUUGCGUCCCCUGAUGCAUCACCCGAUGCUCCUGCAAUGCAAGUCCAUCUGAAGAAAAACUUCCAGUAUAAAGUAAGGGGAACGAAAUAUUCAAUCCCUGCACCCAAGCCCGGGUCGGCCAAGACAGGCCCUGGAGAAGGUCUAAUAUUACGCGAGGACCAACUAGAUUACAUGCGCGCUAAAAAGCGUACAGACGGUAAACGAGACCGGGAGGAGCGGCGAAUGAUCAAGGGCCUGGUUGACAAGGGUGGCGAGGGUGGUGUCAGUGUUGGUGGCUGGUCAGAUCCUGAUUGGAUGCCAGGGAUAUUAAGUGCUGGGACUGGAGAACAAGGGCGGUCUUCACAUACUACCGGAGACAUGCCGCAAAUAGGGUAUGGAAGGAAAAACCCCAAUGAAAGGAAGAAAUGGAAGUGA